GUGGUGGUUUCCCACAUGUCGAAGCGGCUUGAUAUUUGGGGCGUCAGGGGUGUUGUUCCCUGCUGCGUCUGUGCGUCGCAGAGGAAGAGCGUCUGGCAGCGAGACGCUCGCUCCUGCGCGUCAGUGACGGCGCGUUCACGACACCGGUACACUGGCUGCAUGAUGGCCGAGGGAGGCGGACCUGAGUCGGGCGGCGCGGCGGACUCCGACUCAGAGCCGGUAGCCGCACAAAUGCCGACCCCAUCCAUAGAAAACCAAAAACAGACUAUCGGGUCACUUUUGAAGACGACUUUAAAAAAGGGCGACGAAUGGUAUCUUAUAGACAGUCGGUGGUUCAAACAGUGGAAGAAGUACGUGGGAUUUGACAGCUGGGAUAUGUACAAUGUUGGGGAACGCAGCCUCUAUCCAGGACCAAUUGAUAACUCUGGGCUGUUCUCAGACCAGGAGACUCAGGCCCUGAAAGAGCACCUUAUAGAUGAGCUGGACUAUGUCCUCGUACCCACUGAGGCGUGGAAUAAGCUUGUCAGCUGGUAUAGCUGCCUGGAGGGCCAGAGACCCAUUGUCAGGAAGGUGGUUGAACAUGGCAUGUUUGUGAAGCACUGUAAGGUGGAAGUCUAUCUGCUUGAACUCAAUCUGUGUGAGAAUGACAACAUGGAAAAUGUCAUCACGCGCUAUUUCAGUAAAGCUGACACCAUAGACACUAUAGAGAAGGAGAUGAGGAGGUUGUUCGAGAUCCCUUCAGAGAAGGAGACCCGGCUCUGGAACAAAUACAUGAGCAACACCUACGAGCAGCUGAACAAGCCAGACAGCACUGUGCAGGAUGCCGGUCUUUUCCAGGGGCAGGUUCUUGUGAUCGAACGCAAGAACGAGGACGGCACGUGGCCCAGACAACCCUCGCAUCCCAAGUCCAGUGCCACUCCCUCCAGGAAUUUUACUACCUCCCCGAAACUCUCCUCAAACUCAUCAGCUAGCGCAUCGCCUACAGUUACCAAUGGCGACAGCAGCAGUAGCCCUGGAUACGCUCUCAAUAACAGCACUUCAUCUAGCAACAGAUAUGGGGGCUACAACUCAUACAGCUCGUCCUACAACUACAGAGAGUCGCAGUCGCAGCCUGGCCUGUGUGGUCUCAGCAACCUGGGCAACACGUGCUUCAUGAACUCUGCUCUCCAGUGCUUGAGCAAUGUGUCUCCACUCACAGAGUACUUCCUCACGGAUCAGUACGAAGCAGAGAUCAACCGCGAGAAUCCUCUGGGAAUGAGGGGCGAGAUCGCCGAGGCUUACGCCGACCUGGUGAAGCAGAUGUGGAUGAGCCGCAGCAGCUACGUGGCCCCGCGCACCUUCAAAACCCAGGUGGGACGCUUCGCGCCGCAGUUCUCAGGCUACCAGCAGCAGGACUCUCAGGAGCUGUUGGCCUUCCUGCUGGACGGGCUCCAUGAAGAUCUGAACCGUGUCAAGAAGAAGCCUUACCUGGCCCUGAGGGACGCAGAGGGUCGUCCAGAUGACAUUGUUGCCAAGGAAGCCUGGACAAACCACCGCUUGCGCAACGACUCCGUCAUAGUCGACAUUUUUCACGGCCUCUUUAAAUCCACACUGGUGUGUCCGGAGUGCUCCAAAGUGUCUGUGACCUUUGAUCCGUUCUGCUACCUCACGCUGCCUCUCCCCAUGAAGAAGGACCGCACCAUGGAGGUGUUUCUGGUCCGAUCAGACCCUCAGUCAAGACCCACUCAGUACCGAGUGGUGGUCCCCAAGCUGGGGCCAGUGAUGGACCUCUGCAGCGCCUUGUCCAGACUCUGCGGGAUUCCUCCCGAAAAGAUGGUGGUCGCAGACGUUUACAAUCACAGGUUCCACAAGAUUUACAGGCGGGAUGACGCCCUCACCCAAAUCAUGGACAAAGACGACAUUUUUGUAUACGAGGUCCAGGAGGAGGACAGCGAGAGGAUGAACCUGCCCGUCUACUUCAGGGAGCGCCACUCCAAACACGUCGGCGGCUCCUCUAGCACCCUGCUGUUCGGCCAGCCUUUACUCAUCUCCGUGCCCAGACAUAACCUGUUAGCCGACAUUCUUUACGACAGGAUCCUGGAAAGGAUCGGACGCUACGUAAAGCAGCAGCAGCAGCAGCACAGUGCUAACAGUGAAAGCAGAGCGUCAGCCUCUGCCACUCUAUCCAGCUGCAGUCAGGCUCCUGAAUGUUCCACGUCGUCUACCGCCAACGCCAGCCUGGGCGCCUGCGGCAGCCCCCGGUCGGACGGCGCCUCGUGCAGCGCCAGCUCCAGCAACGGCAGCAACCACUCAGGAACCGGCAACGAGGCUAACGGGCUCUGCGACGAGGAGGCCAUGGAUCACCAGGGGAGUCCUGAGCCAGAGAACGGGCAGUCUGAGGAAGAGGAGGAGAGCGUAGACCUGGAAAACGGCUCCAAAGGAGACGCGGCGAAGCUCUUCACCUUCAGCAUCGUCAACUCCUACGGAACGGUGAACAUCAGCCCGCUGCCUUGCAACGGAAACGUCCUCAAACUCAACCCUCAUUCUACCGUGGCGAUCGACUGGGACACAGAGUCGAAGAAACAGUUUUAUGAUGAGCAGGAAGCAGAGGCCUAUGAGAAGCACGAGAGCAUGCUGCAGCCUCAGAAAAAGAAAACCACCGUGGCUCUGCAGGAAUGCAUCGAGCUUUUUACCACGAUGGAGACGCUGGGAGAACAUGAUCCUUGGUAUUGUCCAACGUGUAAAAAACAUCAACAGGCAACAAAGAAGUUCGACUUGUGGUCGCUGCCCCGCAUUCUGGUCGUCCACCUGAAGCGUUUCUCCUACAACCGAUGCUGGAGAGACAAGCUUGACACACUGGUGGACUUUCCCAUCAGGGACCUAAACGUGUCGGAGUUUGUCUGCGACCCAAAAGCCGGGCCUUACGUCUACGACCUCAUUGCUGUUUCUAACCACUAUGGAGGAAUGGGAGGCGGUCACUACACGGCUUACGGCAAGAAUAAAAUGGACGAAAAGUGGUAUUACUUUGACGACAGCAGCGUCUCGUCUGCCUCAGAAGAUCAAAUUGUGACUAAAGCAGCCUACGUGCUCUUCUAUCAGCGCAGAGACGAGGAAAGCCCCCCCAAACCCGAGCCGUCGGCCUCGCUGGGAGGAGCCACCGAGGCGGCCGACGACCACAUGGACACAAACUGAGGAGCCUUGACUAAUGAACACAUCCUGGAUAAAAAAACGACAAAAAAACUUGCUGAUUAGAGACUCAGUGCUUCAUUAGUGGUAGAGGACUCCACAGACUCAUUAUCCCCCUUCGUUCCUCUCGUUUAUUUGAAUCUCGUCUGUUUUCGUCUCCAACGAACGGCCGAAAAACCGAGAGGCUUCCCUCCCGCAGCAGGUGAUCGUAGCGUACUAGUCUGGGACGUAGGAGGAACGCGGAUAAGUACAAGCUCUCGCCGGAGGAGCAGACUGUUAGAAGUGCCCCGCAAAUUCUUCUGUCGCCCACGAAAUCAUUGAAUUAUUUAAAAGAAUUAAAAAAAUAAAGCCAAAUCCUCAUAUUGUUUCAACCAAAGCGAUUCUAGGUAUUUAUGAAGAGACGACGCGGACGUUAGCAGGGUACUGGCGCGGUGCCCGUAUGUGUUGUUGAAAUUCUCGCUGUGUUGAUGUAAAUGCAAGUUUAUUAGUGUGUGAUGUGCGCACAGAGUAAUAACCACGGGAGAACCUGUGCUGCGUCCUGAUUGGUGGAUUUCACCGCUGCUUCAGCGUAGCGGUGGCAGCUCUGAUGCAUCAAGGUUGAUUUUUUUUUUUUUUUUUGUUUGUUUUUUUUUUUUUGACAUUGGACUUGACAAGUUGAAGCGAGUCGGCCUUGCUCUUGUUUUUCUGUUUUUCUUUCUUUUCUUUUUUUUUUUUUAAAUAAAGCACAGCUUGAUCUUUGCUGUCUCUUGGGCCCGUUAACGAGAAGAUUCCCACCCUCCUACGAGUUUUCUUUUUUUUUUUUUUAUAAUCUAAAAGAAAUAAGCGGCCUUUUUAUUCCUGCAAACCUGACGAGAAGGAGGCACUUUGAAAUCUUCACGAGUACAUAAUCUACCUGCUCCUGGUGUAUUUAGUCAGAAAGGCGUGGCGUGGCCGAGGAUCAGGCUCCGUCAUGCCCUUUCUAAAUCACUUAAGUCUUUUUAAGGGUCAGUUGAUUGCUGCUGGAUCAGAACCAGCUCACCUCGCAAUAGCUCGUCCUCUUUAGUCAUGUGCAUUCAUGCAGCUCUACUGAAAUGCCUGUUCUUUGAUGUUUCAAAGCACACCGAGUGAAAGAAAUAAACUGGUAUAAAAGUA